UAGCUCACCCCGACAUUGUUACUCUUAUCCCAACCAAUCCCACUCCUCUUACACAAACCUAACCAACCCAACCAUAGCAGGCAACGAGUACUAGCCAAUCAGAGGGAGAGUAGGGCGCGUCAGAUUUUUCCCAAUGCCUCUACCACCCUAGGGAAAACAAUUGGCCAGGAGAAGCAGGAUAGCAGAAAAGACGACUACCAAACAUGGCUUUGAAUCGGAAUCAUUCGCAAAACGGAGGCGUUUUGAUAAACAAUGGAGAAAGUGUUGUAAGGGAAUGUAAGAAUGUGGAGCUGUCGUUCAGCGAUGUCACCGGCAAGACAGACUUGCUUAGGGGGACCAAGAAGGGCACCAUUUACCUCACACCAUACAGGUUGCUGUUUGUGUCCAGUAAUACCAAGGAUUGCUUGGGUUCGGCCAUGUUCCCCUAUUAUCUGAUGAAGGGCUGCAGCAUUGAGCAGCCUGUCUUUGCAGCCAACUACAUUAAAGGGACAGUGUCAGCUGAGCCUGGUGGUGGCUGGGAGGGUCAGGCCCAUUUCAAGAUGUCAUUUACCAGCGGAGGAGCGAUAGAGGUGGGGCAGCAUCUCUUCAAACUGGCCACAAAUGCUUCUCGUGCUGCUCCGGCCCAAAACGGUGCUGCCUCUUUCGGCUAUCCCUCACCUGGAAUGAUGAACGGCUAUGGCCCACCUCAGCCUGCUCCUCCCAGCUAUCCUUACCCACCCCCUCCCCAGCAGAAUGGAUUCUACCAGGGCCCACCCCCUGCUGCUGGCAACAUGGGCUACCCCCAUCCAACAGCUGCUGCAGGAAUGUACCCAUCUGGUUUUGACUACAUGGCUCCACCUCCCCCCUACCCUGGACCACCCCAAAAUUGGGCUGCAUCCCCCCCGAACUGGGCAGCAACACCACCACCUCAAGCACCUACAGGGAACUCCAAGGCGGCUGAAGCAGCAGGCAGUGCGUAUUACAAUCCCAGCAAUCCACACAAUGUCUACAUGCCCAUGGAGCGGCCUCCACCAUAUGCACCCUAUCCAAACUCUCCUGAGAAGAAAAGUAACUGAAGCUCACUCCUCUCUCUUCCUCUGUAUCUUAAACAAAUUCUACAGCAGGGAGUCAUGUUGAUGGAUACCUACUCGAAUGUAGAAUACAGAAAAGAAAAUGCAAGUGAUAUAGGGUUCAAGGACAUCAGUGAUGAAUAAAUGAUGAUAUUUUGGAUAGUGGAAUAGUUUGAAAGGAAAUUGUGUCUUUUCAAAUACUGUUUUCCCUUUUUAGUUAAUUUCAUUUAAAAUGAUUUGACAACUUGUAACUCUAGCUAGGCUUGUCAUUAUUGACAUUAUUAGUGAUGGGCUUUAUAUCUGUCUAAUUCUCUAGCACAAAGGUGAGGGCAUCAAAACUGUCCUUGUUGAGAGCUGAAAGCAGGAGGCAGGAUGGGAAAUGCAUUUUUAAGAAGGAUUUAUUACCACAACAUUUUGUAGCAAUUUCUUGAUUGCAGAUCCUGUAGUUAUUACCAAUAGCAACUAAGUAUUUUUGCAGUAUCAUGGAAGGUAACGUGCGUGUGUGUUUCCUUUACAGUUUUGCGUUAAGUUGUACCAUAUACAAAACUAUAACUAUCUGA